AUUAUUAGAGCCUUAUCUGCACAGCUGGAGCCUUGAAGCAACGGCUUGCCAAAGCAUUGUACUGUACCAUAGGAUGAAACAUUGUAAUCUGUAAUAUCUAUUUAACAAAGACAAAAUAAUGUCUGUCUUUUCUUCCAUUAUUACCAGGAGUGAGUAUUUCAGCCAAUCAGGAUGUGGAGACAGACAUGGAGACCUUCCAGAUGGAGAUUGAUAAGGAGAGCAAAAAGGCUAUGUUCAGGACCAAUGGUGGAUCCUACUGGACUUUAGUGACUCAUGGAGAGAUCCAGUCCACUGCCACAGAAGUAGAAGUGAAUACAAUGUUUGACAUUGAGUGGCGAGGACAGAGGUGGCACUCAAAGCAAGUAAUGGAAAGUAUGUUUGUACAAAGAAGAAUGGGCAGCUCUCAGCAGUCAGCGACGCAGUGGGUGAUGAUGAAUUAUUCCUGAUGAACUCAUCAACCGCCCU